AUGUCGGGAGUUGAUCCCGCCAUCGUGCUCGUUUUCGGGCCGCCUCCCGCCGGUAUUGAUUUGAGUGAUAGUUUAACUGCGGGAUAUAAUAUCGUGUCUUGUGUGGUGUUUGGAAUUGCAGCUGCCGCAGUCUGCUUGCGAUUUUAUGUGCGGACAAUGCAGGGACCAAAUAAUCUGGCUAUCGAUGACUACUUUAUCGUCUUGGGACUCUUGUGCACUGGUGCCCUCUUGGCUACGACACUUAUCGCUGGGCAAUAUGGAUCGGGAAAACAUGUGUGGUCGACGACAUUGCCGCGGCUCAUGAUAUUGCUAAAGGUUGUCUUCGCCGAGCCCUGGGUCUACGCUGCAGCCGUAACAUCAACCAAGAUCAGCGUCCUGCUCCUCUAUCGACGAUUAUUCUACACAGGCGACGGCGACAUGCUAACCAUCAACCGCAUCUUUACUAUAAUGUACUGGGCCGCCACAUUCUUUACCUGCAUCUACCCUAUUAUCAUGUGGGUUGUAAUGGCAGUCGCCUGUCGCCCACUAAACUUUUUCUGGACGAAAUACGCCGGCGCCACAGAAGGUCAAUGCAUUGACACUUUGCUGUUUUUUCUAGUUUUUGGAAUUGUUAAUAUGAUCAAUGAUGUUGUCAUCUUGAUCGUCCCGAUUCCCCGUAUCUUAAAACUGCAUAUGAACAAACGCAAGAAGUUUUCCGUCGCCGGUAUCAUGUUACUCGGUAGUUUCGUCUGCGUCGCCAGUAUAGUACGCAUCUACUACCUCAAGCAUCUGACCACUGCAAUCGACUUAACAUACAUCCUUGGCCCCGCUUUCGGGUGGUCCAGCUUGGAGCCUUCAGUCGCGAUUAUUGGCGCCUGUCUACCAACGUUCGCGCCGCUCUUCCGCGGUAUCCGCAACAAGGGCUCCAGCACUGGCGGACAGGGCUCAUACCAUGUGAAUCUGAGCCAGACGCCACAUUUCUUCAAGCAGCAAUCGAACUUCGGCAAUGAGGAUUCGGACGAGGUCGAGCUGACUAACAAGAAGAGCUAUUUUCAGAGCGUGGGAGACAGCCGUUAUGGGAAGAGGAGGGUGGAGAGUGAGGACGUGGAGAGGGAUACGAGGGGAAUUACCGUUACAUCGGAAGUCCAGGUGUUAAGCAAUAGCGCGCAUAAAGCAUAG